AUCAUGGCGCGGUGGCAUGAACGAUUUACAUGAUCGUUGUUUUGGGUACUGUUCAAAUCACUUCACAAAGCUUAGAAUGUAUAGAAUGAAGUUCAGAAACGCUUACAUAUCGAUUUCAAAUUAAAUUUUCACAAGAUGGUAGAGAAAUCUAAACCCACGGCUGCCGCGGAGAGGUUGGAGAGUCUGCCGAAACGACCAGGUAAGGCAUCAUUCGCCAUUACUAUUUUAUGACAAAGCAAUUAUCCCCCAUUAAAGGUUUUAUUGACCACUGAAUUUUUUAACACUAUGUUGUUGGGAACUUCUCUGUCAUGUUCAGUGCAUCUCUAGCCUGUUCACAGGCUCUCUGUUUGGGGAAAGGGUGAAACCCCCUUCCCUCUCCUCGCUAUUUUUUCACUCUUGCCCCACACAGAUAGCCUGUUCACAGGCAAGUGCAUUUCGAGCAAUAAAAUUUGUGAAAACAUCCUUAAUCGGUAUCUUGAUGGUACAGGAUAGCCACUGUAGCUUUGGCAUCAGAGUGGUGAUUGAGUUAAAGAUCAACCAGAAGCAAUAGUUUAAUAAGUUACUUGUACAUUGAGGGUGGUUUAUACUUACACGUACUCAUGUUGUUGUUAUAAAUAUAAAGUAUUUAUUUUGCCAAGCACACGGUUUCUUGAAAGAGCAGUCUCAGGCCUACAUCACUUUAUUUACAGCGGGGUAAAUAAACGUACAUCUCACUUUAUUUUCGUUUGAUUCUGGUUUUAAGAUUUUAAGUUUUCCAAGGCUGUGCUCUAAGCAAAAUUUCAGGGAGCCCUUCGGGCUUCCAAGCAUGUUAUUUAAGUCGCCCAGACCUCAAAGUUGGUCGCCCAAAUAAAAAUUUCGGGGAGCCCUUCGGGCUCCCAAGCAUUCCAGCUGGGGUGCCCAGGCCUCUUAAGUUGGUCGCCCGAGUACAUCUGAUGAGGAAGUAUUUUGAACAAACGCGAAUCUUACUCGUCUGCUGAUCACCAAACUCGGUAAUUUUAGCUUUUGGGUUCGACAAAAACCCGCUUGUUGUCUUAUGAAACCCAUCAAAGUUUUCGUGCCAUUCAGAUUUAAAACCAGAAACGUGAGCAAUGCUGCCGAAUUGUUUAGGUUUUAAAGAGAGAAAAGUAAAAAAUUUCAGCAGGUUUACGUAAACUUCACUAAGAUCUUUGGGUCAAACAUAGAAAAACUGUGCUUUUUACCAGUAAUACUAGACUUGAAAAUAAAUUUUCAAAAGGUGAAUCAAUGCGGCAUGAAAUAUAAUGUGACGGAGUUUUAUACGCGGUUGAUCGAACUCAAGUUCCCGUGAAAAAUACCGUUAAACAGUCACACUGCCACGGCCCCAAACCUAUUGUUUUAAUAAAAAAUAAGUCAUAUUUAAUUUUCUUUUCUAUAUUAUCACUGAAUCUUUUAGGAUAAUUGAGCUUUUCGUGGAUACGGUCGAAGCGUAAACUAGCUCUUCUUUCUGUGUUUUUAUUUCAUUUUUUUGGCCGCUAAAUUUAUCCUGCAUGCGAAUUUAGUUUUCGAUACAUAAAAUGCCAAGACAACGUCGGAACUACCCUGUUUCUAAAACAGCAAUAAAAAUGAUCAGAACAAUCAUAUCUUUUCUUUUUGUAUUUCGUUAUCUUAUGUAAAGGGAAGAAAACAAUCAUAUGUUAUGUUUUAGCCAAGCAGACUGAGAGCAGCCAAAAACCGUAAAAACAUUAUAUUUGCAUACUGGUCAAUACAGCAACUUCCGUUUUCUGCAAAAAUAAAUUACUCCACGUCGCCUGCUGCGCUUUACAUCUGUGAGAAAAGUAUUGACAGUUUCUCCUAAAAACUGUACCUAAUGAACCCUUCUAUCUGAAAGAAAAAAUUUUAAAACUAUUUUAAGCAGCAGUACAAAUCGAAAUCCUCGCCGCUUGUCACGUUUAAAGUGAUGGAUUAUGUUACGUGUGAAAUCAUGCAGAACGACAUCGACGUGCACCCGUUUCUCUCGUACAAACAUUCGUAAAAACAUUUUCUGUAGGGUUUAGCUAAACUCUGACUCAACAAGCCAACACCAGUAUGUUAAAUUUUUCUUCCUGCUUAACUGAACACUGCAUCAGAAGCAAGAGUGCCCGGCCGGGCGACCGGGAACUUUUUUUCAGUCACCCGAAGCUAAAUGUUAGUCGCCUCAGGUGACCGGGCGCUGUAGAGCACAGCCUUGUUUUCUAUUUUUCCUAAAACUGGAUUUUUCUCAGUGGUAAAUCAGUAUUGCCCAUUUUUGUAUCACCCAGUCAAAGUUAAAACUAUCAGUGUCAUAUACAGGGCUUCGCUUCGCCAGCACGUUCCGGCACCCUUGAUUUUAGAGGCUCAGAACACUGGGCUCCCUAGAGCACAGCCUAUUGCUAUACAUACCACUUUAACUGACUGAGGGUGUGCACAGAGGGCAUUACAGGGAAAUCUCAGACUGAGGUUAAUGCAUCAAGGCGGAGGUCUGAGAUUUCCCUGUAAUGACCGAACAGAGGAGGUUAAUGAGUUGUUUAUUAUGUGGCCUUUUUAGUGCUAAUUCUUAAAUUGAAUACAAUAAAAGCAAUAAAAGAACACUGGAAGUAAUUUUCAACAUUUGUGUGUAAGAGGUCAUGUUCACUGAACCAAAACGAAGCUGGUGAUGCAAUCGAAACCAAAAGGCACAGUUUCUUUGACUGUGAGAAAUCUUGGAUCUGAGCCUGCAUUCAAUUCAAACCAAGAACUGGUCAGCGAAUAACUUUAAGAAAAGCAUGCCACCUCAAUGAGUUGCACAUUUGAGCCCAUGAUACGUUUGCCUGACAUUGCUCCGGAGAUUUACCUUUUUUGACAGUGAAUUGACCAUAACAUAGAUGUCCACUGUCAAGUUAAAUGCAAAUUUUGUAUGCCUUGGACACCUAUACAUGGAGCUAGUAUUGCCCGGUCAUAACGAGACACCUUGCCCACUUAGCAGCCAAUCAGAGCAAGUGUACUAUUGUAGCAAUGUAAUUAAUGAUAUUGUGAUUUCCCAUGCACUAUCUUUAGUGGUUUAGAGUCAGGAAAUGCUGCUUAUUUGAAGAUAAUAUACUUUAUGUGAAUUAUUUUCCUGUUAGGACCUGGUAUUCUUAAGAAAUCAAGCAGCUCAUUGGAGCCAGUGCCUGAGUUUGCAGAGUCGAAGAUUCAGAGAGCAGAUUCUAACCUGGAAACUGUUGAGAGUGAGGUACAUUAUUUUUACAGUACACUAAUGUGCAGUCUCACUUUUACUCUACACCUUACUGUUACAGCUAGUACCUAAUCAGGGGCGGGAAGGGGUUGACUUUCCCCAAAAAAACAAAACAAGACAAAACAAAGUAAAAACUGUUGAUGAUAGGUUGCUAAAUUAUUUUUCAGAUUAACAAACAUAAUUAUUCGACACUACAUUAUUUUGCAGAUGUACAUGUAUGUAGGAGGAGUAUUAAUUUUAAUCAGUGUUGCUCAAAUUUGUUUUCACCAAUAAGUAUUAAGGAGUGCUAAUAUUUAUUUUCCAACAAAAAAACACAUUGUCUAAUUGUUGGUGGGCACUGUAAUUUUUUUAAUAUAUGAAUCACAAGGUAGACAAUCUGUGAGUAAUUACAAACACUGUGACCUUACCAAUAAUUUCCCCAUAAUUCUAUUAACAAGUAUAUAUACAAUAUGAAAUUUUACAUUGUAGAUUUGGUACUGCAAAUUUUACACUGAAAAGUAAAAAGCUACGUGUACGAUGAAAGCUAAAAGACUAUUUGCAGCUUUCUGACUGCAUCUAUUAACUAUGAAAUACAUGUAGAUACAAAAUUGACCAGUAAUACAGUGUACAAUCUACAGCUACACCUAUAAAGUUAUUUGGGCACCAUUUGUCCACAGAGAACUUCAACUCCACAUGAAGAACAGCAAAAAUUUAAGACACUGUGUGAGGGUGUACAGAACUGUUUGGCUUUAUUCCAAACGUCCUUGUCUGAGGUGAGCAACUAUAAUUAAAUAACUGCAGUCUUAUCUACAGCUGUUUGUCACAACUGGUAAACAGCUUGUGAGAGAGUAUGCAGACUGAGACAGUACAAAUUGGUGUCUCCAAGCAAUAUUCAUUGUUUGUUUCUUUUACUGUAUGAUAAGUGAUAAGCUUGUGUAGCAGAUGCCUGUUAUAAAUUUUUGGCCCUACCAAAAGCAACAACAGCAACAAUAAAAACAACUGAGAGAAAAAAAGAAAAAAAAAAGAUUACCCUGUAAUUAAGGAAAACCUCUCUCUGGGCACCUGAGAGAACCACAUUACACAAACUCAACCAUCAUAUGGAGUUGUUGCCAGAACUUGAAACCAGCCAGGCCACAUUGGUGGGAGGUGAGUAUUCUCAACACUUAUGCACCACCCUUGCACUGCAAAUUAGUAAGGCUUGACCUAAUGAAAGGGUGCAGGGGUGUGUAGCCUUACUCUAAUUCAGUCUACGUUGUAUUAAAUAAAGACUGUACACUUUAGAAUUAGCAUUUUUAUAUGCUGAUCAAUCUUCAUGUGAGAUAAAGAUCUUUAACUGGGUUCUGGAGCUAACUGGCAAUUGAUUAUUGUAUGGUGCUGUUCUUGUAUGUCUGAUACUCAUCUCUCAUUUAACGUUAACUUGGUCUGUCUAGUCCUUAAUGGGGAUAUGGCUGGAUAUACUGGUAUUAUUCUGGGGGGUGUUCUCGGAAAUUUUUGGUGAGGGUUCAAUGCUACUCAGUUCUCCAAAUCCUAAUCCCAUUUCAGACUAAAAAAAUGUUAUUUUCAACACCCCUUUUUAGACCUGUUACACUGUAAAUAGGUAGAAAUUAAGUCAUCAUGUUUAAAAUUAGACUAGAGCUCCAACAAAAAUAUUUCCUAAUUUCCAUUUUCGAAUUUGCCUAUUACUCUUUCUGUUUGAAUCAUUUGGAAUUGGAAUGAAAAAAUACGUUUACUUUGUACACUCAUGUUCUGUAGUUUCCUUGAAAACCAUACCCGUUUCCAGACCAAAAUGGGCGAAAUCCUAUAACUCAUUUUCAGACUAAAAUGGCACAAAAUCUAUACCCUUUGAGUUGGCACAUACCUUUGUGGCUUAGUACCCCCCGCCCCCACCCCUCCGAAUAUUAUCAGCAACACUUUAUUAAAUAAUAUGAUUAUUUUCUUCAUUUAGUUGCUUUCUAUCAAGGACGAACUGUUGAAGGUUAGUUCUAAGCAUUUUGAUUUGAAUUCGAGAAUGACUAUGAUGUUCAAAAUUUUUUAUUAAAACAGCAAUAAUGAUGAAUUGCGUUGACAUUCAUACUUGAAUACGUACUUUGUAAUAUACAAUUAAGUCGUUUCCAUUAUAUGUAUUCAUACUUUUUUUGCACAAGUGGGUUUUGCAGUGCUCUCCCUAGGUAAUGAUAAGGAUAGGCGGGGUGCCUGGCAUUAUUCAUUGGAAAAUCGUUGCCGUCUGGCUUAAAAACCAAAGAUUUAACCCAAUGGAGGCUUAAUUUGUUGACAUCAACAGAACUCGGAUUUAAGAGACAAAAUCAUUCAAUGAAUUUGAUGAAACACUGUCUGGUGUUUUUUCUUUUUUUUUGGUGGGGGGUUUAGAUAUUUCAACCUGCAAGUAUAUGUAGUUUUUCCCUUGUUUUAAGGUAAUCCAGAUUCUGGAAUUUGGGAAAGUUUUUUUUUCCAGGAUUCGUGAGCUUUGGAAUCUGCAAUUUAUCUCGAGGAAUCCAAAAUCUCAUUAACGAUUGGACUCCAGAAUCCGUGAGUCAUCCAUGUUCCCAUCUCGGGCAGUUGUUGACCAAUAUCCACUCGUUUUGUUUCUUAUUUUAAAACUAACAGCUUUACAUGUAAUUACAUUCCUUCUCAGCAUGCCCUUCCACCAAGUUUGCUUUUGAAAGUCGCUUUGGUUACCGGCAAGCUAUUUAGAAGGUAAUUUGAAUUCAGUUUCUAUGAAAUAUAAGUAUUCUCAGUACAUAAUGUUGCGAUUAACAGUGGUCAUACUGCGAUCAAAUUUCAUCGCUCCCAGCGAAGGUACCCUGAUGGGGGGCAUCAAUAAGAGGCAUAGCUGUAUUUGCAGGUUACCUCACAGGAGUUAGUGCAAAACAAUUAAUUGCAGCUGACCAAAGCCCAAGCCAGUUAUCCUGGAAUUGUUUAACUGUUCACUUACAUGUAAGUUAUGAAAGAAAUAGUUUUAGGGACUAAGGUUAGCUGCAUUUAUAGGAAGACAGACUUAAUCUAAGUGGUGUCAAUUAUUUUUAGUUCUUCAGAUUUGAGUGUUCCAAUCACAGAGUUGGUACGAAUGGUGAAACUGUACUCAACGCCAUGGGAAACUAAGAGUGCUGCGCUAAAGAAGCUUCAUGAAGACUACGAGAAGUGAGUAAUAUAAUUCCUUUUCCUUCCUUCCUUCCUUCCUUCUUCCUAAUGUUCGAGUAAAGGCCGCAUUCAUCUCAUUCGUCUGACUGGGUGCGGCGUUUAUUGGUAACUUUGCUUCCAUUGUCAACGAAAAUUACGUUAAUAUGAGACUUAUUUUAUUGUUUUUUUUUUCCUAUUUCUACUUUAACAGCAAACAAAGGCAGCUUAACGUGGCUUUACAGAAACUCGUACUCGUUGGGAUUCAGGUAUAUGAACGGUGCUUUUUCUUGCCUGUGCAUUUCGAAUGAACUACAGUGUGGUUUAGCUUUACGAACUUACACUCUUUGAUUUAUAAGAAUAUGUUUUAUAAGAAUAUCGAGGCUGAAAUUUGCGAAAUUUUAAGAAUAUUUUAAGAAUAACGCCGAGGCUGAGAUUUUGAAAAGGACAGAUUUUGGCUGCCUUUGUCAUUCCGCUAACACCAUACACACAUUUCUCAUGUACAGACAACCCUCGCUGGAUAACAAAGAGUUUACUGCAGUGAUUACACUUAAUUGUCCUUGACGUAGUUGAAACAAAAUCGGGUGCUUUCGUUUCCAUCACGCUAUUUCUGUGCGAAAUGCUUUUUUUAAAGCCAAAACGGCCAAGUGUCGUUUGACGUGACAUCUUGACCUCGCUGACUGCAAUGAAAAGCGAUGGAGCACGUGCACAAUGUAACGCGAUACAGAUCUAGAUAUUGAUACCCCAAUAAAUUCUAAAACGGAAAUGUCAUAAGCUAUAAUUUAGGAAUAAUACAAGAAUAUUUCAGCCUAAAAUCGGCAGAAAAAUAAGAAUAUUCCGCCUGGGCCGGAAAAACAACAUUCUUAUAAAAAAAGAGUGUAUCUCGUCCUCCAUCGUUUUGCUGUUUUUAAUAAUAGAAAAUUCUUGUUCUUUCUUCUCAAAAUUCGUGAUCCAGGAAUCUGUUUUGCUUGUGUAAAAAUAAUUACAUUUUGGAAUUGCAUCUUAUCUUAUCUAUUUUUUUUUAUUUACAUGUAUUUAUUUAUUUUACACCUGUAAUCUAUUGUAAUCGCCAAGCGAGGCUGUGAUUACUCCCUUCCGAUUUGCUCUCACCAAAGCCAAUAGAGUCACCGCAUUUGAUCUAUUCGUUAAACGUCGCUUGAAGGAGGUACAUGUAUUUUUGGUAGUGCUCUAUUAAGUUCGACCUACAUGUAGUGGAGGGA